CUCCCCUGACUUCCGACUGCGGAAGCUGUCCCUGUGACUGCCCUUCCGGGAUGGCGACAGUUCCAGGGGCCAGGGACAGCGGUCGUGGACGCCGCGCCCUCGUGGCUGCAGAGCUCGGUUACCGCGGCUCUCCUGCUCCUGUCCCCAGGACCCGCAGUUCCCAGCGUGGAGUCGGGUGUCCCGGGUGGCUUGAGGACACAGGGUGCAGCCCGUCCUGACAGGCCGGGCCUGGGCCGCCAAAGCAAGGGGCCUUCCGAGGCAACGUGCGGCUCCCUAGCGCCCACUACAUCUGCUCCAGCGGCCUCGCAGUCGAUCCGAAAGCUGCGGUGACAUGCUGCGGUGCCUACAGCCCCGCGGGACUGAAGCCUGACUGAUGUCGAGGGACACUGGGUUCCCUAGUUGCUGCCCCAGGCUUAAUGAUUGUCCAGAAGGCGGCUAUAAAGAGCCUGGGUGGAGGAGGGAGCAGAAAAACACAGCUCAGCAGAUCUGGGCGCUAAGAGAGCAGCAAGCAGGAGCCGUCAAGAGGCUGUGAUCAGAAGCACUGUGACUUGGCCUGCAGGGCCUGCUUUUUCAGCCAUGGCAGCCCGAGGCUACGGCUAUUACCGCGCUGUCAUCUUCGCAGCCAUGUUCGGGGGCUACAGCCUGUAUUACUUCAACCGCAAAACCUUCUCCUUCGUUAUGCCAUCUUUGGUGGAAGAGAUUGCUCUGGACAAGGAUGAUUUGGGGCUCAUCACCAGCAGCCAGUCGGCAGCCUAUGCCAUCAGCAAGUUUGUGAGUGGGGUGCUGUCUGAUCAGAUGAGUGCUCGCUGGCUCUUCUCCUCUGGGCUGCUCCUGGUUGGUCUGGUCAAUGUCGUCUUCUCUUGGAGCUCCACAGUACCAGUCUUUGCUGCUCUCUGGUUUCUUAAUGGCCUGGCACAGGGGCUGGGCUGGCCCCCUUGUGGGAAGAUCCUGAGGAAGUGGUUUGAGCCAUCCCAGUUUGGCACUUGGUGGGCCGUGUUGUCAACCAGCAUGAACCUGGCCGGAGGUUUGGGACCUAUCUUGGCAACGCUCCUUGCCCAGAGCUACAGCUGGCGCAGCACACUGGCUCUGUCUGGGGCACUGUGUGUGGCUGUCUCCUUCCUCUGCCUGCUGCUCAUCCACAAUGAACCGGCUGAUGUUGGACUCCGAAAUCUGGACCCUACUCCCUCCAAGGGCAAAAAGGCUUCAUCAAAGGAGGAGAGUACCCUACAGGAUCUGCUGCUGUCCCCCUAUCUGUGGGUACUGUCCACUGGCUACCUUGUAGUUUUUGGAGUAAAGACAUGCUGUACAGACUGGGGCCAAUUCUUCCUUAUCCAGGAGAGAGGGCAGUCCGCCCUAGUGGGCAGUUCCUACAUGAGCGCCCUGGAGGUUGGAGGCCUUGUGGGCAGCAUCGCAGCGGGGUAUCUGUCAGACCGGGCCAUGGCCAAGGCAGGGCUAUCUGUAUAUGGGAACCCUCGUCAUGGCCUGUUGCUGUUCAUGAUGGCUGGCAUGGCAGCAUCCAUGUUCCUCUUCCGGGUAACGGUGACCAGUGACUCACCCAAGGAUGCUGCUUUCUGGACUCCUGCUCUCCAUCCUCUGGCUGAGCUCACAGGCUUUACGGAGCACGAGAUCUGGAUCCUGGUGUUGGGAGCUGUGUUUGGUUUCUCUUCUUAUGGUCCCAUUGCCUUGUUUGGAGUCAUAGCCAAUGAGAGUGCACCUCCCAACCUGUGUGGCACCUCUCAUGCUAUUGUGGGCCUCAUGGCGAAUGUGGGCGGAUUUCUGGCUGGGUUGCCCUUCAGUACCAUUGCCAAGCACUAUAGCUGGAGCACCGCCUUCUGGGUGGCAGAAGUGAUUUGUAUAGCCAGCACAGUUGUCUUCUUCUUGCUUCGAAAUAUCCGCACCAAGAUGGGCCGCGUACCCAAGAAGGCAGAGUGAAGAGAGUACUCACUAUGGAGCAUCCCCAACCUCAGCCUCCCUGGCAGGGCAUAGAAAGGGAGAAGCUGCUCUAGUUAGCAUGGAACCUUCGCCUUUCUGUGUCUACACUGUCUCCUUGGACCUCCAUGGUGCUACAAGUUAUCAGUGGCUAAUGAGAUCCUAACUCCCAUUCUAUGCUCUAUUUAAAUGUUUGUUUUUAGACUCCAUCAGCUUCUAUUUCUACCUUCUAGCAGACAGAGAAACUCCUGCAUUCAGGUGUCUCCUAUACCCUUCUUCCUCUCCUAGGUCCUGUCCUGUCCCCAUCUCCUAGUGAGGUAAAUCUGUUUCUGCAGCUGCAGAACAGUAAUGCCUGUGGUUUCUGGUGUACCCCAAGGCUUCUUGGCAGGGGGCAAAAUUAUUGCCAAUACCUCAGUCCCAAGGGAAGAGAGGAAGCCACCAUCUCAUCAAUACCCUGGGACAAAAGGGGGAAUAUAGUGGGCAAGCCGACUUGUUAUAGAUCAAUAAAACUAGAUUU